AUUGUCUUUUGGUACUAGAAUAUUGAAUCCUAGUUUUAAAGUUUUUCACCAUUAUAAAUAAACUAAAAGACAAGAUGAAGAUUUUCGUUUUGAUUAUUGCAUGCGUAGCGCUCGUGCAGGGUAACAUCUGUGGGAGGCAUACAGUAACAGAGGAAACUUAUACAACAACUGAAAGGCGCCUGUCAGAUGACACUGCCUUCAUUGUGAAAUUCAAGUUACAAUGUAGCAGUGGAGCUCAAGGAUUUCCACUGUUUGCAGAAGUUGGUGGAAAAAUAUAUCCUGUUACCAAAUCCCCAGAACAGAAUAUUUAUCAGCUAAGUUGGGUUACAGAAUCUAGUAAUGCUGCAAGUGGAACCUACAAAUUACGUCUCUUUGAUGAUGAUGGAAUGAAUGUUCUCAGAAAAGCAAUGAGAAAUGAAGAAGAUACUUCUGGUCUUUCGUCGCUAUUUGAUAUUGAAUUCAAUCAUCCUGGAAACACAAGAGAUUUGUGGUUGACAUCUGAAGUUGUUGGUCUCUUCGUUGCUGUCCUUAUCUACUAUGCAGUUUGUCGUUUGCGAAGCGAAGUUAUGGAUUAAUUUCACAUAUAUUCACUGUAAUUGUAGUGAAUUUCAAAAUUGCACAUUUGAAAAUGCAGUCAAAAUUACACUUGAGAUUUAUUUUGCAGUAACUUUUAAUUAAAAAUCAUCGAGUAAUCUAUCAAACAAUGUUAAAUUUAUAGUUCAUUACACUUCACUUUAACACGAACUGAUUUCACAUUAUAAUUUGUCUCUUUUCAAUUGUAGUUUAGAAAUUGCUUAGUUUUCUAAUGAAGUUAAUAGAUUCAUGCAUUUAUCUGUUUAGUUUGAUGAAGUCUGGUAUUUUAAAUUAUAAGGGUGUCCCAAAAUAAAUGGAAAACAUUAUUUCGAUUAUCAAUUUUGUGGUUGUCAUUUAUUUUUGGACACCAGAUAUCUGUCUAUUCGUUGAAGCAUCAAAGCUAUAAAAUAUAAAGAAUUCGACUCAUUUUGUGAAUUUGGAGUAAAAUAAACAGUGUCUUCUAAAAUGAAAUUCGUGUUUUUUGGAAGAAAUGUUUGUAAUGUACUGUGUGAGCAAUGUGCGUUUUCAUUAUAAUAUCAACUAAUUUCUGAAGCUAUCUAUGUUGUAGUUUUCUCAUUUAAAUGAAUAUUUCAAAUUUAUUGAUGUUGCAUUUUUUUCUUGGUCGUCACCUGAUGGUAUUUCUACAAAUUUUUUUCGAAAAUUUAAAUAACAGUUAAUUUAACUGCUUUAUUUCAAUGUGCUUUUUGUUCAGA